AUGAAUAAUGAUGACAAUGAUACAGAGGAAUCAUCCUCACGGUGUUCGCAACGAUUGAUACCUCAAAGUUACAUACGCUCGGAGAAAGUGGAAAUUGCUGCUAAGCUGUUCAAAAGAGUUGAACCACCACCACUGAUGUUUAAGGAUAUCCCUGCAAUGAUUGAAGAGAGUAAUCGGCAAUGGGAGGAAAAACAGAGAGAAAAAGAGGAAGCAAUAAAAGAGAGGUUGAGAGAGAAAGAGGAAAAUCGUGAGAAUUUCAGAAUGGUGUCGGCAUUGUUAGAAAAGUAUAAGUAUACGACGGAGAGUAGUUCAAGUUCUUCGUCAGAAUAA